AUGAUUGCUUUAUCUGGUUCGCUCAUACUCCUGGGACUAGGCUUCACGGUCCUCUUCUGGGUGGUACAGACCAUAUACAUAUCGCUCACCUCACCACUCAGAGACAUACCAGGUCCCUGGAUCAGUAGGUACACCAACCUGCAACUGAAGUUUGCCGUCACUGGAGGACGUCGCAUCUUCUACAUUGACAAUCUGCACAAGAAAUACGGCCCAAUUGUUCGUAUCUCACCCACGGAAGUUGCUGUAUCCGACCCUGCCGCAUUCAAACAAAUCCAUGCUGUCUCAUCCAAGUUCAGCAAGGACAUCUGGUAUGAGAAGCUGACCAACUUCCCACGGCUAAGCGUCUUUACCAUGCGCAAUCCUCGCGAACAUGGUCAGCGCAGAAAGCUGUUCGCGCGUGGUUUCAGCAAGUCUUAUCUCAGAGAGCAUUGGGAGCCUACCGUUCGUCGAAAGACUCUGCUUGCCGUUGAGAAGAUCAAAGUUGAUGCGCAAACCGGCGUCGCAGAUCUUCUCAAGUGGUGGACGUUCAUGGCUACUGAUAUCGUUGGUAUCCUCGGCUUUGGUCAAUCUUUUGGAAUGCUAGAGCUUGGAAAGAAAACCGAGUACAUCCGGGUCCUCGAGGCAGCUCUCAUCGGUAAUGGCAUCGGUGCCGAGAUGCCAUGGCUUCGCGCUGUUGGAAGCCGCAUACCCUUCAAGCCAUUGAAAGAAGCCUUCAACUCGAGCGCUUACAUUCUCGGUUAUGGCACUAUAGCUGUCGAGAAUGCUCGCAAGGGCGGUCAAGACUCCAACCUCAUGGCUACCAUCAUGGCCGAGGCCGAGAAGGGCGAAACACACGUUGACGACAUGGACGUCCGCACCGAGUCGACCAGUCUUAUUUUCGCUGGCUCGGGCACGACUGCCAACACCAUGACCUUCCUCUCAUGGGCUGUCGUUUCUCGACCUCAGCUGCGCGCAGCGUUGGAAGAGGAGGUUGCCAAGCUGCAUGAUAACUUCACCGAUGCUGACCUCGAACAGUUGCCCCUGCUGAACGCAGUUAUACAUGAGACCCUACGUUUGUAUUGUGCUGUACCUGGCAGUCUUCCUCGUGUUGUCCCUGAGAGUGGUGCUACACUCAACGGAUACUUCGUCCCUCAAGGAACAACAGUCAGCACACAAGCAUACACCAUGCAUAGAGAUGAAAACCUCUGGCCGAAUGCGCUCGUAUAUGACCCCUCGCGCUGGCUCGACGGCAAAGAACAAAGCGCAGCAGCCAAGAGCACAUUCUGUGCCUUUGGUGCUGGCGCCUAUAGCUGUCUCGGCAUCAAUCUCGCUUGGAUGGAAUUGAGAUAUGCCACCGCCUUCCUCUUCCGUGAAUGCAGAGGCAUGCGUAUCGCUCCCAGUAUGUCUGCAGAUUGCAUGGAUCUGGAAAACUACUUUGUCAUUGUGCCCAAGGGACACAAGUGUGAGGUCACGCUUCAAUAAUUGAGCUCGAUGACUUACUCGAUGACUUGCUCGACGACAUUUUGAUUUCUGGUUUUUUUUUCUUUCACAUUCUGUCAGAUUUUGUUUCAUCUCUACAUAAUACACGAC